AUGGUAACACCAUACGCUCUAGGAGCCGAUGUCAAAGGUACUCAUCAUGUAGGGCCUGUAGCACUGCAAAGCCCAAGAAGAUGGCCGCAGCAAAGGCUUGUACUGGCUGCGGGCCUCGGGUUGUUCUUGUAUGGACUUUACCACGGUGCCUGGCUGCCAACCGGAGCAUUAGAUUCACCGCUGAACCCGAUCAAGCGAGCCUUCAACUGGGAUGAGGUCUAUGCCAAGCCAGGACUGGAGUAUGAAGACUGCUACGCUGAGUUCAACGAUGGUGUACCACUACAAUGUGCCAGACUUGAGCUACCUAUGGACUAUUGGAACGGAACCACGAAUGCUACCAUUGGACUGGCCGUAGUCCGAAAGCCUGCCAGAGUACCCGUGAGCCAUCCUCAAUAUGGUGGAGCAGUCUUACUGAAUCCGGGCGGCCCUGGUGGCUCCGGUAUUGGCCUUCUAGUGGGUGGCGGCGACGCCAUCCGAAGCAAGAUUGACACGAUCAAGGCUGGCGAGGGCAAGUACUUUGAUCUCAUCUCGUUCGAUCCCAGAGGCGUGGGUGUGACGCAGCCGCCUGUUCAGUGCAUCACAAAUCCAGCAUUGGCACAUACUUGGCAGGUCCGUUUGAUGGAAGAAGGCGUGUACGAGGCCAGCGAUGCCGCUAUAGGACGUCUCUGGUCGAUGAAUCAAGCCCUCUCGGCAAGCUGCUCUCUUCCAUUACCAUAUGGCAUCCCUGACAUUCGCGAGUACGUUUCGACCGCGUCAGUGGCGAGGGACAUGUUAGAGAUCACGGAGCGGCAUGGACAGUGGCGAGAGAAACAAGCGAAAAUUCUGGUCGACACUAUCUGCUGUGGAAAUUCUAAGCGGCCCACAGCCCAACAGUCUGACCACGAUAUCGUGCAGCGCACCCGCUACCAAGCGGGUACGGAAAUGCUCCAGUAUUGGGGCUUCAGCUACGGCUCAUACCUCGGCAAUACCUUCGCGGCCAUGUUCCCGGAUCGUGUUGGCAGACUUAUCGUUGACGGUGUGGUCGAUGCUUACAACUACAAACGAACGCUCUGGAGCGACAACUUACUCGACACCGAGUUGGACUGGAACCAGUUCUCCUACCAUUGUGCUCGGGUGGGCUUUCCUACCUGUUUGCUCGCGAAUGAAACUGGCGAGACUGCAGCCGAAGGUGUACGACACCGAGUGCUCAACAUAACGCAGAGCCUUUAUCACAACCCACUCCCCGUAAUUGGCCCCAAGCCGGAGGUCAUCACUUACAGCGAUGUGAAGGGACUGAUAUUUGCGGCGCUCUACACUCCUAUCCAGGCUUUCCCAUACGUGGCAUACUUGCUUGCGGGUGUGGAGCAAGGCAACGGGACCGAAUUUGCCAGAUUGCUGUCAAUCUACCACGACUUCCAGUGCCCGAAGGAAGAAGCGCUCAUGCAAAACAUUAUUCCGUUGCGUAAUAAAAGCUCAGGACCGUUGGGUCCAGAUGCUACACGUGCCAUUGCUUGCUCAGACGGGGACGAUCAGAGUUGGGUCAAUCGCACGGUCUUCGACAAAUAUGUGAAAGAGCUCAACAAGUCUUCUCCGACGCUUGGUUCAUUAUGGAGCGGUUUACGUCUGGCAUGUAUUCAUUACUCCGUUCGGGCACAUCACCGCUUUGAAGGCCCAUGGAAGGCCAAGACGGCGCAUCCUCUGCUCUUGAUCGGAAACACAGCAGAUCCUGUGACUCCUGUAAAGCACGCCAUUAAUAUGGCUAAGGGUUUCGAAGGCGCCGUAGCCCUGACUCAAGACUCUGCCGGGCAUUGCUCGCUCAGCACUUUCAGCAACUGCACAGUGCAUCAUGUCAGACAGUACUUCCAGACCGGUAUACUGCCUCCACCCAACACUACUUGCACUGCAGACGAAGUCCCAUUUGGGUCCAGGCCGGGCGAGCUUUGCACGGACAGUCUUGAGACUCUCGAAGCGAAAAAGCAACACGAAGUGCUUGCUACGGCACUACAUCGGUCGGGGAUGUCACGCGCGGGUACAUCCAUGGUAGCAGACGUGGCCUGGCCCUGGCAGGGAUAG